AUGUCUAAUUUAAAUCAAAACGGAGAGAUUGAUAUUAAUUUAUCUGAUGUUGAAGAAUCACCAAAAUCAUCAAAAUAUAUUCUUGCUUUAUUUGAUGUUGAUGUUAACAUAACUGAUAAUGUUGGAUUUUUUUAUAAAUUUAUCGAAUUUGAAAAAGGAAGUUUAAAAAAUUUAACAAAUGCGGCGAUUAAAAAAAUAGAAUAUUUAGAUCCUGAUAUUAAACGUCUUGAACAUUUUAAUAGUUCAAAACAGGGGUCAAAUAUCUAUAUUUAUUAUUUGAAUAAAUGUGAAAAGUUCUUGUUAGAAAAAGAUAAGGAUUUGAAAAUUACAACAUUGGAAGAAUUUUAUGAUAGAUUUAAAAUAUCUGAAAACUAUAAAUUAAAAUUAACCAAUAAAAUCGGAGAAUUGAAACAAGAGUAUUUUGAUAAUUUAGUUAAUUCAAAGAAGAGAAAACAUGAUAAAAUUGAAAAUGCGUAUAAAGACAUGGUGCAAAGAGUUAUGAGAAAGAUAAGAACAGAAUAUCCAAAGAUUGAUCUAAAUUACCAAUUUAGAAUUGAGAUGAAAAGGAAAGAAGGACCAUUUAUUUUUGGCUUUAUCGGAGGUUCGGGUGUUG